UCAGGAAAUUUUUGUAAUUGCAUAUAAUGCGAUCGGUAGAAUCAGUGUUUGUUUCGUAAUAUUAUUUUCAAUAUUUUUUAAAGCAUAAUAAUUUUAAAUUUAAAUUAUUAUAGUGUAUUCUCGCGAAAGUAGAGUCAGUGUUUGUUCGCUAAUUAUAAUUUAAAUAAUAAUAUAUUAUUAUUAUUAUUUUUUUUUUAAAUAUUUUUUUUUCGGUAAAAUAGAGUCAAUUAAGGUAAUAAGAUAUCAGACUUAUCGACUGGACGAAAAUGUAUGAAAGUAUUUUCAUUUUAGAUCUCUAGAUGGCGACACAGUUAUGAAUUUGCAAUCGCUAGUAAAAAAAUAUUUAUUUAACUAGAAAUAUACACAUAAUGCAGAACUAAAAAGUUAAUGAGGCAAAGGAAUUCGGAUCUAAUUCGUUAUUUUUGAUAUUUCCAACAUUUAUAAAUAACAGAUAUGCAUAUUAGUUAUGAAUUUAAAUUAGAUAUAUUUCUUUUAUCUCUUUUCCGUUUUGUUAAUUAUCUUUUCAGUUCUGCAAUAAAUACAUAUUAAUGUGUAAUAAUGUUGUAAGAUAAUUUUUCAAUUUUGUUAUGUUACAUUUGCUAUAUAAAUUUUUGCAAUAAAUAUAUGUUUACAUAUAUAGACGUAUUAAUAUCGAAACAGACGAGCUUAAAACGAUAUUCAAUUAAUAAUUUAAAGCUUUUGCCAGAAUUUUAAAUAUUUCUGGCAUCGAAUGCAAAAUACAAUUAAGAAUAACCACGAUUUAAAAUUACAUUCAUUGAAGUCGUUAAAAUGGUCAGAUUGCGAUUUUUUUUCUAUAUAAAAAGGAAUUAAAAUGAUCCUUGAGCGAAAACAGCUUGUUACUCUUGAAUUGAUCGAAGAGGAUUCUUCUAACGAGCUUGUCAUCAAAUUACUAUCGAUCUUCAAGAUCGUUCGAGUAUUUGAAAUGCUCCCUUAACGGAUAACGAGAUCACUUGGAUCGGAGAUAGUUCGACGAUACUGCAAAGAGUCUGAUUUUUGUAACGAGAAGUUGAAGUACUCGUUCGACGAACGUACAACUACUUAGGUAUUUUGUUCAGAUCCUUUUGAAACGAAAUGAUUUCGUUGAUCGAUUUAAAUCACAUUUCUAUCAUUUCUUUGUAUCAAAGCCUUUGAAGUCGAUUCGAUACGAUUUUCCAAAUUUAAUUCUAAAAUUUAAUUAUAAUGUUAGAUAAAUUCGAACAAAUUGCCAGAAAAAAUAUUUCGUUUCAUAUAAUGGAAUCUCGAUCGUUAAGAAAUCAUUGUGAAUUGAAGAUGGUACGAUCUUCGUAUCGUAUAAGAUCCAGUUGUAGUUAUCGCUCGCAAUCUCUUGGAUUUUCUCUCACAUUCUCAUCGAAUAUCUUUUCUUGUCAACCAUGGUGAGAUACAUUAGGCUACCAAAACAUGUCGAGGAUUUGUUACGUGAAGGAUGAUGUAGACAAACGAAAAGAACGUUUUCCACUUAGGAGCCAUUCGUUUGAUGGAUCAUCAAGAACGCGCGAAUCUUUUUUUUCCCUCUCUCUUCAAAAUAAUAAUGAAAACGAAGAAAAGAAGAAAUUUUUCGGGAUCUGUCAAUGUUCUUCUCCUCGUUAUUAAAUUAUUAUACAUUUAUAUAAAUAGUAGAAUUACGUAAUAAUUUUUAAAUUUAAUGAUCGAAACGUCGACGAACGUUUUCAUCUUCUUCGCACUGUUAAAAGACUGAACAACGAUUCGAAGAGAUUAUAGAAAAAUACCACUUGUUUACCCACUUAUAUUUCAAAUUACUGAGAAUAACUGAGACUCUUCGAAUGAAAAAGAAAAAAAAAAGAAGAAUAAACUCGGCGUUCUUUAAUAAAAAACGCGCUCAACCGUGGUUAAGGGUUAAAAGAGGGACAGGGUGAAGCGCGGAAAGGAAGGCUGAAGGAAGAAAGGAAGAAAAGAAAACGGAUGGGAAUCAGGGUGGAAAAAGGAAGUGUUACGCGACGCGACCACCGCGUUCCAUCCAGUUAGAUCUGGCCUAGGUUGACCAAGCCAUCCAUAGUGGCGAUAUGUCGGAGAGUGGGAGGUGUCCCUGCUGAUCAGGAGUGUCAGUUGGGAUGGAGGAAGAGGGUGGAUGGGAGCGCAUGCGCACCUUCUUAACCGAGUAGUACGAGUGGCAGGCAGGGAGUGUUUGCCUCCCGCGAGCGAGACAGAGAUACGAUCAAGAACGAGAGCGAUUCUAAACCUCUGGAAAAGGAUAGCCACAACGGACGGAAUAAAUGGAAUAGCGAGAGAAGAUAGGAGGAAAAAAAAACGAAACGAAAGGGGAGAGAGAUAAAAAAGAAGAAUAAAAAUCCAAAGGAUAUGGAGAAUACGAAUCGAAUGCGUCGAUUCGCGAAAGUUGGAGAGAGAAGGCUCGAGUAUAGGGAGUAAAAAUGAGGAAGAGACAGACAGAGAGAGAGAGAGAGUUAGCGGCGCGCAGCGAUAGCUAGAACAGGAGGGACGGAGAGCGGCCGAGGUCUGCCUCGUCUAGGCAGCUCCGAGAGUCUACUCCCACCUAGCUCUCCUCUUCCUCGCUCGCUUUCUCUCUCUCCUCUUUCAGUGUUCGUUCGAACACGGCCCGGUACGGUUCUGUCGCCCCGUGCUCGAAGGAUUCUCUUCGUGAUGGGAGCUCGCUGCCGCGGUGGUAUCGGCAGGUUCCCUCGGUAGCCGAUUCCCCGACCCAUCCAUGUCGCACGUCCCGUCAGGGUGACACGCGCGAUUCUCGCUCGCGGUCCGUAUAAUCGGCACACGUAUAUAUACUUAUAUAUAUAUAUACACACACACACACAAGUACACGUAUAUAUACAUACAAUUCGGAGAUAAAUAUCCGGGAGAAGAUAAAGAAGGGGGGGACUUGGAAACGGAGGAAGAGGGUGAAAAGUGCGUGUCGUGGAGAGAGAGAAAGUGUAUCGGAAGGGGGAGAUAAAAGUGUAGGAGUAACGGUGAGGAAAGCGUGAAGCUGCGAACUCGUCGAGAUAUUCUGAUCGAUGGGGAAGAAAUAGUGGUGAGAAGAUCGCACGAGGGAAGGAAGACGCGGGUUCGUGCGACGUUUGUCGCGCGUUUUGGUUUAAAAGGGUUUAAAAAAAGAAGAAAGGAAAGAAGAAAUUGUUUCGCCGAGAUAUUCGAUUCUUCUUUGGAGUCGUAGUUGUUGGGAAAUAAUAGGGGGUUGUCGGGAGCCGGCGGGUGUCGUUAUCACCGCGGACAAUUCGAUCUUUCCACGUUGAAUCGCGAGGCUGGCGAACGUUACGCGCGCGUAAAAAUCGGGAAAGGAAAGAUGCCGGGAAAUUACUCGACUCGUUGCGAGCCAGGUCUGGUUGUACCGAUAUGGAGGCCGCAGGAGAAUCUCAAUCUUUCGGACAUAAUCUUCCGCGGCUUCGUAUACUUCUCCCUGUUGUUGUACCUGUUCAUCGGCGUGUCGAUCAUCAGCGAUCGUUUCAUGGCGGCGAUCGAGGUGAUCACCUCGAAGGAGAAGGAAUUGGUCGUUCGCCGGCAGGGUAAGGAGCCUCAGAUCGUUGUGGUGCGAGUAUGGAACGAGACGGUGGCGAACUUGACGUUGAUGGCGUUGGGAAGUAGCGCGCCAGAGAUCCUUUUGUCGAUCAUCGAGAUCUGGGCGAAGAACUUCGAGGCCGGUGAACUGGGGCCGGGCACGAUCGUCGGCUCGGCCGCUUACAAUCUCUUCGUCAUCAUCUCGCUGUGCGUGUUCGUGAUACCGAACGGGGAGACGAGGAAGAUCAAACAUCUGAGAGUUUUCUUCGUCACCGCCACGUGGAGCAUCUUCGCUUACGUUUGGCUCUACUUGAUCCUGGCGGUCUCGAGCCCUGGCGUGCUCGAAGUUUGGGAGGGCAUACUCACCUUCUCCUUCUUCCCUGCAACCGUGCUCACGGCCUACGUGGCCGACCGCCGCCUCCUCAUCUACAAGUAUCUGCACAAGGGUUACAGGAUGAACAAGAGGGGUGUGAUCGUGCAGGCCGAGGCAGGCGACUCGGACGGCGGGGUGGAGCUCGAAAUCAAGCCGCAGCAGGACAGUUUUCACAACAUGAUGGACGCCGACACGCCCGAGGCGAAGGAAUUCGAGCAGACGAGGAGGGACUACAUCAACACUUUGAGAGAGUUGAGGAAGAAGUAUCCUACCUUGCCGUUGGAACAGUUGGAAGUGAUGGCGCACGAGGAGGUGCUCGGCAAAGGGCCGAAGAGCAGAGCGUUCUACAGGGUGCAAGCGACGAGGAAGAUGGUCGGUGCGGGGAAUCUGAGCAAGAAGAUCAGCGAAAGGGCGCAGAGCGACUUGAGCGAGGUGAAGGCCGAGCUUCAGAAGCAAGAAGCCGAGAGCAUCGAGAUCGAGAACGUGAACGCGAUGAGAAUCUUCUUCGAGCCUGGCCACUAUACCGUGAUGGAGAACGUUGGUAGCUUCGAGGUGGGAGUGACCAGAGCCGGUGGCGACCUGAGCAAACCGUGCACCGUCGACUAUUGCACCGAGGAUGGCUCCGCCGAGGCUGGUUCCGAUUACAUUAGCGCCAAGGGCACCCUCACCUUCGACUCGGGCGAGACCAAGAAGACCAUCAAGCUGUCCGUCAUCGAUGACGAGUUGUUCGAAGAGGACGAGCAUUUCUACGUUAGAUUAAGCAACGCGUCCCAGCCAGCCAUGCUAGUUUCACCCAGUUUAGCGACCGUGAUGAUUCUCGACGACGAUCACAGCGGCGUGUUCGGGUUCCCCGAAAGGGAUAUGGAGCUCGUGGAAAGCGUUGGCCAGUAUCCUUUGCGAGUGAUGAGAUACAGCGGGGCAAGGGGGCGCGUGGUCGUCCCUUAUCGCACGAUCGAGGGUACAGCUAAGCCUGGAAAGCAAUACAUGCAUACCGAGAGCUCCCUCACCUUCGAGGACAAUCAGACCGAAAAAGAGAUCACGUUGGAGAUUAUCGAGGAGGAUUCGUACGAGAAGGAUGCCCUGUUCUACGUCGAGCUGGGUGAGCCACAGUUGCAAGGGGGAUCCGACGUGAAUGGACCCGAGGCAGGGAUCGCAGUAGCGGCGGAAAUGAAGCAGCCGGAAGAGCGGACCGCCGAGGAAAAAAUGGCGUUGCUCGGGAAACCGAAGUUGGGCGAGGUGUUCAGGGCACAGAUACGGAUCAAAGAGUCGAAGGAGUUCAAGAAUACCGUGGACAAACUGGUGCAAAGGGCCAACGCUUCCAUACUGCUUGGCACCAGUUCCUGGAAGGAACAGUUCACGGAGGCAUUGACGGUGAGCGGCGGCGACGAGGACGACGAGGGCGGCGGGGAACCAGCGGCGCCGUCCACCUUGGACUAUCUGAUGCACGGCGUGACGAUAUUGUGGAAAGUGUUGUUCGCGUUCGUUCCGCCCACGGAUAUCGCCGGUGGUUACCUGUGCUUUGUCGUCAGCAUAUUCGGGAUCGGUGUGGUGACGGCGGUAAUAGGAGACGUGGCAUCCUACUUUGGCUGCACCCUGGGCAUCAAGGACUCGGUUACCGCGGUUGCCUUCGUCGCCCUCGGCACCAGCAUCCCCGGACAAAAAGGAAGUGGAAUCGAAGGGGUGCGAUUUCGCUGGCGAACGAACACUCUGUGCCGGAAAACUACUGGUGGUAGCUUUCGCCCUCCCGCAUCCGGGAUUGAUUUAACAACGAACGUGAUCGCGUGACGUUAUUGAAUGCGUGCAUGUGCGUAGAGGUACCUGAGGGAGUGAGAAUGAGAGGAAGAAAGAAAGAGAGAGAGAGAGAAAGAACGAGAGCGUGAGAACGUAUAACUGAGAACGAGCGAAGAAGAAGUUAAAUCGGAGGGAAGAAAAAAAGGAGAAAGAGGAGAAGAGCGAACAAAGGAGAAGCUUUGUACGUGUGCGAGGAAGUAAAGUGAGUUUGCCUUAAAAUAUAAUUUAACGGAUAGAUCGCGUAACGAAUGGUUAUAUAGGUGAAAAAAAGAAAAGAAAAAAAAAAAGAAACGUGUUCUAAUCUCCCGUGGGCCCGUGAAUCAUUCGUUAUUCACGGUUGUUAUUCAAAUAUAUUGAUGAGAAAUACAGAAGGAUAUAUUAUAUAUAUAUACACACACACACACACGGACACACGUAUGUAUAAAAUAGCGUAUUUAUUUAAUCGUUCGAUGAACAGGACACACACACACACACACAUAUACACGUACAUUCAUACAUACACACAGGUUUCUAUGGUAUUUUAGUAGCGGAUUGUAUUGCCAUUCCUCUUUCGCCAGAGAACGAUGUCGCUAAUUUUAUAUAAACGUAUAUUAUCAUACGAUACUACUUUUAAAAGAGAGAGAAAAAAAAAAAAUAACACGAUCCUCGAUGCUUUCGCGAUCCUACGACAAGUUUUCGAGCGUUUCGUACGCAUUGUGUUAUACAUAUAUAUAUAUUAUAUCAAAAGAGGUCGUAGAUUUCCAUCGCAAAAAUUCCAAAUCGCGAUCUUACGAAGGAAUAUUUACUUAUUAGGGAAUAAAUAAGACGAGGAUACAUACAUAUAUAGCCGCGAUAAGAGCAAGGCAGUGUAUAAUGGAAGCGCGAAAUCGAAUAUUUAUCCCUCGCGAAGGGAAGGGAAAUUUUCGAAAGAAGAUAAAGCGUUCGUUUAUUUAGAAAUUGCGAAAUAUGAAUUUAAUUAUCGAAUCGAAUUUUUUCGUUUAUUUUAUUCAGUUUCCGUUUAUCUUGUUAUUCCAAUAAAUCUUAAGAAGCAAAAAAAAAUGUUAACGCGCGAUCUCGAUAAUAAUAAGCCUUGCUCGCCGCGAUAAUUGCUUAGAUCGUUAACUCACUAACACGAUGAAACAUGUUUGCUAUUUAUUAAGAGUAAUUAGAUAGUGCGACGAAAGAAAUAAGUAAAUAAAUAAAUAUAUUUCAAUGCGGCUAAAGUGGCGGCCUUCGUUCGAAUGUUGAAAAUUUUCGUUGGUAUUCACUGCCUUUGAUCGAGGGUCGCUUAAACCGUGAUCAAGAGUUUUCAAAAACAGUUUUGAACGGACAUUUGGUAGGGAAACGUAGGUAGAAUACGCACGAUAACAUGCAUCAGGUAUAUAAAAAGAAAAAAAAAAUGCAAUUCGGGGCUGAUAAAAGUUAUAGAAGCCUCUCUGUAUAACGAAUAAUAGAUAUUAUAUAGCACGCGUUGGGAAAAAAAAACAGCUUUUCCGAACUAGCCGGAAGCCUCGUUUUUAAAAAAAGAAAAAGAAAAAAAAAAAAGAAAGAACCGUGAUCAAAGUUCACCAGAAACAUUUAUAUAUAUAUAUAUAUAUCUCUAUAGAUAAUACUCGGAAGAAUCACAGUGACUUAAUAACGUUCUCAGUGAGAACAUAAUGUUCGAUUAAUUUUAGAGAAAUCGUUGUAGAUACGGCCCCGACCGGCUGUAUCGUGGUUCGUGUUCUUAAAAAAAAAAGAAAAAAGAAAAAAAAAAGGAAAGGAUGACGUCUUCAAAAAGCUUUAGCCGAACAUACAGAUUUAAUCGACACACUGCAAAGGUUGUACACCGAUUCGAAUAUUACUUUUCAUCUUUUUCACAGAGGGAUGAUUAAAGAAAAACCUCGGUUUUGCCUCGGUAGAUAAAGAUCGACGGUGUCCGGUAAUCCGACAUUCGCCGUUCUCGUAGUCGAUUUAAAUAUAGAAGCAGAAGUCUCGUCGCGACUAAUCCCCGUGGAACGAUAUCCCCAAAAGAUAUCCCCGUUUACGAUCGUUAAAGUUAACAGACGUGGUUGAUGAACGAUUCAUGCUCCGAGCCUUGCAUCGAGUGAACCUUCUCUUCGUGAAAUCGCGUGUAAUUAAAGAGGGGGGUGGGGUAGGGGGAAGAUAAAAGGUCAGAGACGCUCGAACCAACGUUGGUCGGCCCCGUAUACCGUUACUUCCGAGUGCUUGUAUCCGAGAAAAAUCUCUGCCCCUCCCCUCUAACUGUUUCGAGAUUGCUUACAAGCUUCCCUUUUCAUCCGACGACAUAAUAGAAGUUGCGACCGAUACGGGGAGAAAAUUUCAGGAUACGACGCUUACUGUAAGGAUAGGAUUUCAUGGGAAGUGAAUCAAUCGGAGCGAUGUCGUUUACAGGCAGAGAGACGUGAAGGAAAACGUAACGAAUCGUAAAAAGCGAGCCAUCUUCGUGGAUAGCCAAACGGAACCCGCGUCACGGAAGUCCUGAAUGGACGGUUAUCAAUCCGCGAAACCGUUCCUCCUUUCCUUUUUUGGGGAAAAAAAUCGACAAUCGAAAUAGGGGAAAUUUGUGCGUGAGAGAAAAACUUACUGAACUUACGACUUCUUUUUCUUUGCUUUGUGAUAUUCGAGGAAAAAAUCAUUUCCAAGAGAAUCGAAACGAUUUUCCAUAAACGAUGUGCGGAUUCGUUCCAAGAUCGUUUCAAGAUUGCUUGAAGAGACAGAAGAAAUUUUUGAAAUUCGUUCGAAUAUUUUUUUCCAGAUUACAAGAUUCUUUGAAAAUUUCGUUGAAAAUCUCUUUAGGAAUGCAUCGAUAUAAUAAUAUUCAACGCACAUCGUUGUAUAUAUAAUCCAGUGGUACAGUUUCUAUAAAAAGUAUUGUAUCUACUCAGAUUACAAGAGAUCAAUCGAUUAAUACAAACGCACAUAAGACGAUUAGAAUUUUCAAUAAGAAAAAAAUAAUAAUAAAAAAAUUUUAACGAGAUUCUCGUUAAAAAUUGAAAUUGCGAGAAAUAAAAAAAAAAACUUGGUAUGCAUAAUUAUCCGCAUUGGUUAGUUGGAAAACAAUCGUGGGUCAAUACUGACGAAGCAGAUUACGAUGCUUUCGUUCGCGAUUGUUAAUUGAACGAAUCACUACCUCGUCCUAAUUUGCUUUUAACCAUCCAUUUCGAGGAUCUCUGAACGCGCCUCCGUGAAAAGUAGAUCAAAAAUAAAUCAAAAGCAGAUGAUGCGAAUGCUCCGUCGAAUCUCUUCCUUUUCGUCUGCCUGCAAACGAUAGUGGCCAGAGGUUAAAAUACACGCGAUCUCUCCUAGUCAUUUACGUGAGACACCAUCGAGGAACGUCCACACGUGUGUAGCACCGCGUGUAUACCCAUUUACGCAUCCCAGUCACGACCAGGUUUCGCGUUUUAUUUCACUCCAUUACCAAAAGCUCCGGGGGAUCGAUAUUAAAAGCGUGAAGAAAAUUUAAAAAAAAAAAAAAAAGAAGCAAGAAGAAAAAAAAGAAGAAGAAAGGGGCGGUGAGAGUUUCGCGUAAACGAUGACACAAUCGUGAUGUCAGCCAAAGAUGACGAAAGAUAUAAAUACAUAUAUGUAUACAUGUAUUUAAAAAAAAAAAAAGGGAAAAAGAAGUAUAUAGUGUACAAGCGUCAUAGAUAUUUUAAUAAGAGAUACCGUUCAAAGAGAUUUAAUAUACUAAUAUAUAUACAUGUAUAAAUAAUAUACAUACAGUAGGACGAUAUAUAGACGACACUCAAUAGCAAAGCGUUGAAGUGAUAAACCGUAAACGGGAUCCGAAACGUUACCAAUUUCUCGAGAUUUUUCUAUCGCUGGACGGGACGAUCGUCGCGAUGACAGAGAGAGAAAGGAGAAAAAAAGGGAAAAAAAAUAAUAAUCAAAGUUUUUCGUCGAUUUUUGUUGAAAACGAGGUGCUUCGUCGCGACCUUCGUGCGUUCCACCGUCUCGAAACGAUGCAUGCACGCGAAAAAUACAUUCUGCUACUGAGUACCUGAGAUUCAUCCCUUCGAUUUGCUUUCAACGAGCAACGAAAAAUCAACGUCCGUUGCUUAUAACCAUCACUCUGUAACGUGUUCAACCGCUUUCACUCGUACGUGUACUACUCCAUCGAUGGAAAUAUGGAAUCGUAUUCUUAUCUCUUCUUCUUUCAACCGAUCCUUUCGAGUUGAGAACCCGCGUCUAUCGCUGAGAUCGGAUCGCGUCGGGUCUCUCGCGAUUGUUGCACCCAAUUCUCGUAACUCUUUCGCGAUCAAAUUUACGCGAUACACGAAUUCCGAAUUUCACUCGCGAGCACGUUCCAAGAUCGAUACGGUGUUUUACAACAGUUACAAAGUUGCAACGGAAUUACCGUAGAGAAAUGGUAAUAGCCGAUUGAUCAGGCUACAGUCAAAAAAGUAUCGAAGCGCAUGUAUCUCGACGAUCGGAACGUCCAGCAGAAUUAUCGGCGAGAAUUUAUGGAAACGGACGAUCUCUCUUCUUCGUGCAUUUAUUCCAAUUACUCUUUCACCCAGCCUCUCGCGCAAGGUCCUUUCAAUCCUGCUAAACGGACCUGCUACGAAACGAGUUCGAUCGAGUUCGAUGUUUAUGCCACGAAUGAAUUCGCUCGUUUUAUUCGCGGACCGUCGUUUUUUAAACUAUUCUCUUUUUGUUUUUCUUCUCUUUUUCUUUCUUUCUUUUUUUCCUUUGCUUUGUUUGUAUCAUCGUUAACCAAACGUCCGUUACUUUACGAAUGAACGAGUGUUUCGUUGAUUCUGAUCGAAAAAAUUUCGUUACCGAAUUUUCAAUUUUUUUUUUUUUUUUAUCUUUUCUCGCUUCGUUUCGAUAUUUGAGAAAGAUCAUCGUGAACGACAGCUCGCGGAUAAAUAUUUCUCACUCGUUUUAGGAUUAAGACGAUGCGGAUUAAAGGGAAUGUUCGAAGUGCCAAUUUAAUUUCGUGUUCUUUAUUCUACCAACACGAACAACAUCGACACGACUAACUAAUUUUCGGAAUUGAAAUUGAAACCGUGAUAUAAACUAUCCGGAAAAAAUUGAUUAAAUGGGGAGGCGAAGUUAAUGAAUAAGUUAAACGAACAUGUCAGAAUCUCGAAAAUAACGAAAAAAAAUAAUAAUUGCAAUUCUCCCUCGCGGCACUCGACUCCGUUUAAUCGGUCUGUGCAUUUGUUGUUAAAACGCAUAGCUAUAUAUUUAGAAUCGAACGAGAGCGAGCGAAGAAACGCUCGCCGUUUAAUGGACAUUAUGUUUGCUCGAAUCUAAAACCGUCGUUCCACGUGGCCAGUCCCAAUUCCUAUCGACGUAGCGAAUCUAAUACCGUAGAAUUCCAAGAAAUCGUGAGAAAUUCGCGAAAAUUUUUCCUUGAAAGUUUUCACGUACCAUCGACCGGUAUUGACAAAUAUAUUUCACAAGGAAUGAAAAGUAUUACCGAUCGAGCAAAAAUCUAUCUAUAUCUCGUCGAAAGUAACGUCUGUUUCGACGUCGAUCUCUUUCCCUCUUACUUUGUCGUAAAGUAUCUGUGCCAGAAAUGCACGGUACGUAAAACCGUGCACGAAUUAGAUAAAUUUUAACAGAGAUGUAUCGCAAAGUGUGUUCGCGUAGGUUGAUUAAUAUCGAGUAUCUUUGUUGAGGCCAAUGUGUGCAUUUAUACGUUUUGUAUUCUCUAUACGAUCUCGCGCGAUCAAAGAUGAUUAGUUGAAUAGAGGUUAGGAAGAAAUGUUUUAGUUUAGAAUUGGCUCUUAUAGAUUAUCGUAUGUAUCAGUAUCGGUAGGGUUUAGUUGUUAUUGGAAACAAAGGAACCAAAAUGAUAAAUGCAGAUUCUUGAAACAUAUUACAAGACUUUCGUGAAAAGACUUGAUCGAGUUCUCGACCAAUUUUCAUUCUUCGACUUGUUGUAACUUUGAGUCAUAUCUAAAACGUUGGUAGAUUCCGUUCUCGCGACAAUGAAUUAUCCAUCGUUCGGUAUUUUAUAUAUUUAAGAAAAAUUUUCUUCUUUUCUUAACGACAAUCAUAUAAGGAUUAACGUUAGAGUUUAUUACUACAAUAGGCUGAUUUAACCUCGAUAGCUACCACUGAUUAACUUAUUACGUACUAUACUUUCAUACUUGUAACAUCCUCGCUUGUUGUGAUUUUGAAAAAAAAAAAAAUGAGAAACAUAUUAUCUAGUCAAUCAUCUAAUUAGCAUUUGUACCUGUGAACAAGAGUAAACUAAGUUCGAUUUAAGUAUAUUGAAAUCGCACGGACAAAGUGGUAGCCAGUUCGUUUCUGGUUAUAAUUCGAUUCUUGUGCAAAUUAUCGCUUUGAAACAAGGUAUCUGCAUUACCUAGUAAAUUAAAAAAGAAUAAUUAAACUUCAAGGUCAUACGCACAGCCAGGACCAGUACGUAAUUUCAAACUUGAGGAAAAAUAUUUUAAAAAUCUCUUUUCUCUAUAGUUUAUUCGGUAUACGUUAGUUUCGACUUUCGUCAAUUGAUUAGUCAACCGUAUACGCGAAACGACCAAUGUAUUAGAGAGAAUUUUUCGAUUUGGACCAAAAUCGGAACGAACAUUAGGAAAAUCAUUUCUCUGCGCGUGAAAAAUGUUAUGAAAACAUUAUUAGCCAUAAAGUGAACGAGAAAUUCUCACGCGCUACUUUCGAUUCCUGCAACUUAUCGAAUCGCUCGUAUUUUCUUUCCUAAACUUUCGUUUUCGUUCGCGAGAAAUAUAAUAAAGAAAUACACGAAAAAUUUGAAAUCACCAAUCGCGUUCCAAGAAUUGACGAAUUUAAAUAAAAGUUAGGUUAGAAUUUUAUAACCUCAAAAGAUUCUUUCUCGUGAAACAUCUAUAAUAUCUGUAGUAUUAGAUUUUAAUUAAUAAUAAGAUUAGCGAAGGAUUCGAUAUAAUUACUACUGAGAAAAAGUGAUUUCAAAUUUUUUAAUCAAUAGUAGUACGUAAACCGGGGCUGGCCAUGAACAUUCUAUGAAAUACUAAACAUAUUACUAAAUUUACUAAACUUAUCCAGAUUUCUAUUCAAACUUUACUCUCACUCAAAAAAAUCCUAUUAUACUUAUACACUUAUCUCUCUUUCUCCAAUACUAUAUACACUAAGUAUGAAAAGAAAAAUAAAAAAAAUGUACUCCUAUCUAUACCUAUUAUACACCAUCUCCAACUCUUUGAUCUAUUGUUCUAUCUUUGUCUUUACACACCGUCUUUACUCGUCACUUGCACGAUAUACGUAGAGAAGGAAGAAAGAAACAUAAAAAAAAAAAGAUUAAAAUUAUUAUUAUUAUUACACGUAGGACCAUUUCGGCUCGCUAGAAGAAUUUAUUCUGUCGCGAGAGAUUCGAAAUCGCGUUAUCGAACGGCCCGACUUUCGUUCCGCAACAACAAAGAGAAGAUCGGAAAGAGAAAAGAAAAGAGAGGCGAGAAAGAAAGGAAUAGAUAAAGGAUUCGACACGACGAAACAAACAACAUCGAUACGAGAGACUUGAAGAGAGCCAAGUGACUCGGAUAUCUCGCAACAUGGUCUCUAUUCGCGACGGUGAUAUAAAUAAGAAAAUAGUUGCAGGUAGCAGGAUGGUCGGGCCGUGGAUGUUCCUUAGAAACAUUUCGAGAACUAAAGUUACACCGUAAGAUAGGGAAAACUUUGUAAAGUAGAUAGCGGAAAGAAGAGACACAAGUGGGGAACGCGGUGAGAGAGGGGGGUGGUCUUUCGAGGGCGCCACUCGAGCUAAUGGAAGAAGAAAACAAAAUGGAUGAAACGGAAGGAGGGAUUCGCAUUGGAUGCGAGUUUUGUAUAUCGUAUAAAACGUAAUAUAUAUACACACGCAUACACACACACACACAGAGAGUACUGCUCGCCAGUAGAGAUUAUUAAACGAUAUGUAUAUAUGUAUUGUUGCGUUAUUGCCUAACAGUUAAAAAAGAAACGUAACAGGUGCGUUACGAGACGAUCGAGAGAGUUAUUAUACAAGUUAAAAGGGGAAAAAAAAAAAACUUUCUUCUUCCUUGCCGUCAGGAGCAUCUGUCCGAUGAUUAGGAUGAGAGUAUUAUGCACCAUAUUAAAUGGUAAUGUUGUAAAUAAGUACGAUGAAAAGUUGCUGAUUUUAUGAGAUUCACAAGUGUCAUCGAUGCGAGAUCAUUAGGACAAUCGAUCGCUCGACAACCGGACGGAUCUCGUCGCGGUUAUCUUUUCGAGUUUUAGUUCCUGUCCGACCGUCGUCGAUAUAUUUACAAGCACCGGUUAGUUAGUUAGGGUAUAUUAGAACACUGUAAAGAUAUCAAUAAUAUAAUUUCUAGCGAUCAUCGAGCGGAAACGUUGGUCCGAUGGUCGCAUCAAUGACACCGAAAAAUUCGUUGUUUCGUUGACCGUUUCCUCGCAGGUCGCUAAGAGGCCUCGAAUAAUUCUCGCUGUUCGAUCGAUUGUUAAUCGUAAGAUCCACACGGUGGACGAGACACGCGUCCCUUUUAGCACGUAAGGAUACCGAAGAUAGAAGUUAAGCCCGUAGCGAAGAUGAAGAACAAAAAAAAGAAAAAAAAGAAAGAAGAAUCGACAAGUUGAAUGUAACGCGUAAAAAAAAAAAAAAAUUGAAAAAAAAGAAAAAAAUGAGUUUACAUAGCGAACACUGCAGAAACGAGGAAACAUUCUUCAUUUCAGUGCCCUGUGAAACACUUCACACGGAUUUUCUACUCGUCUUUUCACUCUUCUAUCCAUCCACUAUCUUCGUCGACUUUUUUUAUUCCGUUUUUGUUUUUUUUUUUUUAAUCUCUCUCGUUCCUUCAACCGAGAAAACACGAUCGAUCGACGUCACCACGUCGCUUCGAAUUGUCACAUUCCAAUCUGUAUUUAUACGAAUUGAUCGAUCACUCUUACCCCUUCUUCCUUAUUUUCUUUUUCUCCCUCUCUUAAUUAUUUCAUUUCUUUCGAUAUCAUAUACCGAUUCCGAAAGAACGAUCCUUUUGCCCACGAACUUCCGUUUUUUUUUUUUUUCUUUUUUUUUUUUAAUCUCUCGACCUUUGCGCCGAUACAACGAAAUGUGAUUACGUUUACGUUGCGCCCGCAAAAACGUUCGCAAAGCAUGAUCGUGUAUCGCUUGAAUCAAGAAACUGUUUAACCAAUCUAAAGGCAGCCUCGCCUGGCGGGAAGGUCGAGACUUAUCGCGUAAUCGCAUUGCCGCCGAUCGCGCAUACCUCUGCCGAAGAGCAAUUAACCCACGCCGAGAUAACGCGAGUUAGGAGAUAAUGUGGAAAAGUAUUGCGAUCAGCGUGCCGAUCAAUGCCGUUUCUCUUCCUCGAUAAGAAAUUAAUAAUUGGACGUUAUUCGAUCGAAUUUUUUGAACGAAACUACGAAAUCCUCGUGAUUAUUAUUUUACGAACAUAAUACGUGAUUGUAUUUAUCGAUCUUCUAGUUAGAUUUCUUACAUAUACCGUAGAACGAUAUCGAUUCCGUUUAUCUUUUAGAUCUGUCCGAGUCAUUGUGCAAUUUUCCAUGCGAAACGCGUUAGUAAAAUCGUUUGCGAACAAAGGGUUGAUAAAGAUGCAAAACGGUUUAUCGAAGAGAAAUUCCGCGUUUUAUCUCGUGCGAGGGCACGACAUUAGAUCCGUUGGAGAGAUAUAAGCAUGGAAGAAACGUGGCGCUUUACCGUUUAUGCGAAAGUAUCGAUCUUUCGGCUCGAUUCUUCUAACUAUUAUCGAGGAGCGAUAAUGCUUUAUCUUCCGUCUUCUAUGUAUAACUCCUGUGCAGAAGAGCAAAAGGGAAAAGAAAAAGGGAGAAAGAAAGAAAGAAAGAAAGAAAAAAGGGCCGGGAGGACCGGGUUCCUUCUAAAAAUAUCGUUGUAAGACGUUAAGCCGUUUUAUGCCUACGCUCAUUAUUAUUGGCAUUAUUAUUAUUAUACUGUCGAUCCGACUUUCGUCGUUUGCAUCCGUUGCUCUCGAACGAAAAAUUCAAAUUCGAGAACAAUGGGCGUGCAAACGACGAAGGGGCGGAUAAACGUGUUAAUUGUUGACGUACGAUCUCGUUGAGAACCCCUGAGGGAAAAAAAGAGGAAAAAGAAAACUUUAAAAAGAAACGGAGCCCGUUGCGAGAACGAGAAGAGAGUCAGAAUGCGAGCGAGAGAAAGAGUGAGAGAGAGAAAGAGAGGGAGAGAAAGAGAGAGAGAGAAAGGGAAAAAAGAUGGUAACCGCUUGCCUUCGAUGCAACGAAAGAAAUAUAAAUUCCUUUUUAAAGCUCGACAAAAAUUAAGAGCCUAUUCGAGAUUGCAAGUAGGAUAUUAAAGAAAAAAAUAUGCAAAGUUAAUAAAAAGAUAUUUUAGAAAAGACGAACUUGUUCUAUUAUAUUAUAUAUGUAUAUAUACAUAUAUAUAUAUAUACACACGAGGAAAGAUACUAUAUAUCUUAUUUAUUUGUCCCGUUGUAUAAUAAGAAUUAACAAUCGUUGCUUGAUCGCAAGCGGAUCACGCGUGCCGAAACAAACAAACAUUACGCGAUCGACUAAGAAUCAAUUAAUUGUAAUUGAGUCGAAAGUGCAAAAUAUACAGACAUUAAAUGUUAUUUA